GGUACUUCCGAGUGCGGAGGUUGUUGUUGACCCGACUCUAGUGUUUACACCAGUAUUAACCACAAUGACAGCUUUUUUUAAUUUAAAAACGAGCCACGUUUACACAGCCGGGAUGUCAAACUGUAGGUGCUGAGAUGGAGUAUAAACGCUGCAAAAUGUGAAUGAUUACCUCAGAGGACAGUGACCCACAGUUAGUUAGAGCUCACCUGGAUAUACCUGCCCCUGCCUCCCCUGUAAUUAUUAAAGAUGUCAGGUGGGAAUCUCUUCAGCAAGGUGCGGUCCGCCUUCAGGAGGGAGCGCAGCGACUGGGACCUAAGCGACACGGCGCAGUUUGAUUUUUCCGACGAGCUGGUGGACGAUGAAGCGCCCAAAUUCAACAAGCUGAAGGUGGUGGUCUCCGGAGAGAUGUCCGAUUACUCUGCCGGGGCUCCGUCCAACGGGGUGGCCGUGAACACGCUGGUGGUGUCGGCGGAUGAUGAUGACUCGCUGCUCGACUCAGCGUCCAGCCUCGGCAGCCCGGGGUUAAACAUGGACCCCUGUGACAACUGCACCAAGAAGAGGGAGAGGAUCAAGCAGAAGAGGGUGAUGAAGAGGCUCGUCAUUGCGGCUAUGCUGUAUAUUCUUUUCAUGAUAGGAGAGAUAAUAGGUGGUUAUGUGUCAAACAGCUUAGCCAUUAUGACCGACGCUGUGCACAUGCUAGCAGACGUGGUGGGCAUUUUGUUUUCUCUGUUGGCCCUCUGGCUCUCUACAAAGCCGCCCACUAAGAGAUUCACCUUCGGACUGCAUCGCCUCGAGGUGGUAUCGGCAGUCCUCAGUGUGAUGCUUAUCUACAUUCUGACAGCGAUACUGCUCUUUGAGGCGGUUCAGAGGACGGUACACCAAGACUUCAACAUAGAUGGAGAUGUCAUGCUCAUCACUGCAGCUGUUGGUGUGGCUGUCAACCUUAUAAUGGGGUUCUUAUUAAACCAAGGUGGUCACCUCCACUCUCACGGCCAUGGUCACUCUCACGGCCCUGCAGCUGCCUCAGGUUCCCAGUCUUCUGGGUCAGGUCAGCAGCAGAAGCAACAUGGCAGCCUGGCUGUCAGAGCUGCCUUCAUCCACGCUUUGGGAGACCUUCUUCAGAGCGUCGGGGUGCUCAUAGCUGCCUACAUUGUCCGCUUCAAGCCGGACUAUAAGUUGGCAGACCCCAUCUGUACCUACAUCUUCUCCGUUCUGGUUCUCUUUACCACAUUCCGCAUCAUACGAGACACAGUAGUCAUCGUGCUGGAGGGAGUUCCCAGACACCUGAACACCCAGAGAAUCAGAGAAGAUCUCCUGAAGCUGGAGGAUGUCCAAUCGGUCGAUGAGCUGAAUGUAUGGGCGCUGACCGCUGAUAAGACUGCAGCACUAGUGCAUCUCCAGCUCACGCCCUCUAGUGCUAACAACUGGGAGGACGUCCAGGCAAAGGCCCGCCACCUGCUGCUUCACACCUACGGUCUCACAAGGUGCACGGUACAGGUCCAGACACACAGGCAGAGGCCAGUACGCAGUUGUGCAAACUGCCAGCAGCCCAGCGCCUAAAGAGAGACUCACGCUUACAUUGACCUUCACAGUGCAUUUCAUGGAGCCACGAGGCAGAGAAUAUACAGAGAGCCUGGGUGUUGCACUGCUGUCACAGCUCAGUGCCAUAGCAGGAACCAGGGUAUACAUUAUGUAAGUGGAAAAAGACCGGUGCCAAAGGACAGUCAGAGGAACAACAGCAGAUGCACAUGUCUAAUUAAAGGGUCACUGCAGCCUCCAGGGACUGUAUGCUCUUAUGCUUGCAAAGCUUUCAGAGUGGAGGUAGAACGCUAAAUGUUCAGCUGAGAAGAAUGGAAAAAAAAAACAACUUGCUCUUAAUUCACCAUUAAAGCCUAUUCCAACAGGUAACUUUUUUUGUAUUUUGCUAUUUGAUUUAUUACAAGUCACAACUGAUGUUUUGUCAUCAGAUGUAAAUUUUUUGUUACUAGUUGUUUGAACUGUAUACUAAGAUUUUGUUUUCUUAUUUUACAAAGAAUGUCAGCAAAUUAAAAAGUACCUCAUGUCAAAUGAUUAAAAAAAACUGUACUCCACACUACUGGCAUCUCUGAGGCAAAAAACACUUUAUCAUUAUGUCCCCUUAGAAAACAUUAGUCCAAUCUCUAAUCAAAUCAUGUUAAUUUUCUUUAGCUUUCACAGGCAGAUUCUCUUAAAGGCUAACAACCAUAGAUACUCUUAAACUAGUCUUGAUUGGCUGUACUGACCAACACUCAAAAUAACAUUUUUGACACUGACAUUUUAUUCUAGCAUGUCUCUAAUUAAAUGUGGCAACGAGGCAACUGACAAUCAAAUUAUAACUGACUUUAAAUAAGAGUAAAUGCUACAGUGGUUGGACCAACUUUAGUGUGGUUUCAGCUGUACACUCCAUACUCAGCUUUUUUUUUUCUCCCAUAUCAUUGAAUGACAGUAUAAUACCACAAGGAGGUCCUCAGUAUUUCAGAGUUGUAUUAUUUUGGAGGGAGAAAGUGUGAGUUGAAAUUUGCCAAUAAUGCUGUCUAUAGUGUUUUCUCUGUUAAGUGUUGAGGCUGCGGAGGGUUUGAUGUAAACUUUUCCAUGUCUCUGAUAUUAAUCAGCAAGUUAAAUCAGGAACUGGAUCACUGCUUUUGUUUUUGUUAAUAAAACAGUCUUCUUCUUUA